AGAUUUUAAAUGAAACUGAAAUGAAAGUUCACUUCCUCUUCGGGAUGAUUCAUGUGACAAGUUCCAACUUCUUUUUAAAGUCAAAUUUAGCUGAAGUCUCUUUGCUGCCUUUGAAUCUUUGGAGAGACCACCUUCAAGCAUUCUUAAUAUGGGAGCAUCUGCUGGUUCCAAUAUGCAUAGAAUGAAAUGGCUGCUCUGGCUUCUCCUGGGGUGCUCCUCUGCCAUGGCACAGCUGCACAAAGACCCCACGUUGGAUCACCACUGGGACCUCUGGAAGAAAACCUAUGGCAAGCAAUACACGGAACAGAAUGAGGAAGUAACACGACGUUUCAUCUGGGAAAAGAAUCUAAAAUUUGUGAUGCUUCACAACCUGGAGCAUUCAAUGGGAAUGCAUUCAUAUGAUCUAGGCAUGAACCAUCUGGCAGACAUGACCAGUGAAGAAGUAAUGUUAUUGAUGAGUUCCCUAAGAGUCCCCAGCCCAUGGCAGAGAAAUGUCACUUACAAGUCAAACCCUAACCAAAAAUUACCUGAUUCUAUGGACUGGAGAGACAAGGGGUGUGUUACCGAAGUGAAAUACCAGGGUUCUUGUGGUUCCUGUUGGGCUUUCAGUGCUGUGGGGGCCCUGGAAGCACAGCUGAAGCUGAAGACAGGAAAGCUGGUGUCUCUGAGCGCCCAGAACCUGGUGGAUUGCUCAAAUGGAAAAUACAGCAAUAAAGGCUGCAAUGGUGGAUUCAUGACAGAGGCUUUCCAGUAUAUCAUUGACAACAAUGGCAUCGAUUCAGAAGCUUCCUAUCCCUAUAAAGCCAUGGAUGGAAAGUGCCAGUAUGACUCAAAAUAUCGAGCUGCCACAUGUUCAAAGUAUGUUGAACUUCCUUACGGUAGUGAAGAGGCCUUGAAAGAAGCUGUGGCCAGUAAAGGACCUGUGUCUGUUGCUAUAGAUGCGAGCCAUCCUUCUUUCUUCCUCUACAAAAGUGGUGUCUACUAUGACCAAGCCUGUACUCUAAAAGUGAAUCAUGCUGUAUUAGCGGUUGGCUACGGUAACUAUAAUGGGAAAGACUACUGGCUUGUGAAAAACAGCUGGGGCCUCCACUUUGGUGAACAAGGAUAUAUUCGGAUGGCAAGAAAUAGCGGAAAUCAUUGUGGGAUUGCUAGUUAUCCCUCUUAUCCAGAAAUCUAGAGGAUCUCUUCAUUAUAUAACAAGUCAAGAAAGAUGAAACACUUUCUCUUCAAUUUUACCUGUUGUAACCAGUAGAAAUAUGUGUGUCAUGAUCAAUGUAAAUAUAUGGUUUGACUCUUCUACUUUUUUAACUUUGCAGAUCUUGAAAAAAUUACAAAAGUAAAAAUUAAUAUAUUGUAAAUAUAACUGUAUGAGAAUUAGUCAACCUAAUCCAAUUUGUCAUUGUCUUAUUUUACCUCUUUGUCUUUUUAUGUCCCUUGAUAUCCUUUUGUAACUUGAUGGAAUGUGCUUUAUAAUUAUUUGUCUUUUCAACUUAGUAUCAUUACCUCAUAACACUCUUUUCUUAUUCUUAGAUAAUAUUAUAAUCUAUCAUGAAAAUGUAAAUUGUGGUUUGCUGGUGAUGGGCUAUGGCAACUUCAAUGGAAGAAACUAUUAAGCUAUUAAUGUGGCUCAAAUUGUAUCUUUGCACAUAAAAGUUUCAAUAAAUGUUUUAAAUGAAGUUAUAGUA